AUGGGGCCUUAUUUUGAAGCUCAGAAUGCACGACUUGAUUCUAUGGAGCUGACUAUUCGUCAUCUUCAACAGCGCAAUGAAAUCUUCGAGGAUGGACUUGCGAGCAUUCGGUCUACUCUUGUCGAAUCGUCUCGUGUUAUGUCUGCACGGAACCUGGACAUACCGGCCGAGGCUAAUAGUCAGACAAGGCCGUCGAACUCAUCUGACGCGACAAAUGAACAAUAUGACAAUUCCAACGCCUCGUCUAAUGCGACUACCUACCUUCUUGCGCUCCAUGAGUCUCUUCGAGAAGAAGUUGGGCAGUUAUCACAUGCAAUCACGGAUCUAGAUGCUCGCGCUAGCAUGGCAAUCAUGAACGAAUGCCUUCGAUUAAAGGAGGAUAUGGCCCAUACGAACGCGGCUGUCAGCAGCAUUCGAAUGCAGGUGCAAUGGCUCAUGAACCCUCGCAUCCACCAGGGCCAACGGACAGGGGUUCGUACCAACAGCAGCAAUAACGGCAAUGAAACACGAUCCGGGCAACUAGGCUCCUCGGCGUCAGGACCAAGCAAUGCCACUGCGCCAUCGCCGGGCUUUCUGCGGCCCCGAAGACUCAGCGACAGCGGACGCGAAGGGACCAAACUUUGA